CGUCGACGGUCGCUCGUCAACCAAUGGGAGAGGCGCGAUUGUGAUCGUCUGAGAACGCGGCGGCCCUGUUUCGCCAGUCCGCCGUGCACAGCAACAGAGGAUCAUCUUCUGCACUCUGGCCAACAUUUAAACUCCCGCCGCCUUCUUACAAAACAAUAACAACAAGCAAGCGUCAUGCCGGUCCGCUACCUCGGCGCGCUGCUCGGUCUGGCGGCGCUCGCCACCUCCAGCCUCGCCGCGGCUGCCGCCACGGCGAUCCCCGGCAAAGCCUCGGCCUCGCCUAACAAGGCUGCCGCGUUCAACCGCACCGAGUCCCCCAGCAAGGAGGCCUCGGCGCCUGACGGCGCGUACAAGUCCCCGUUCGACAACCUCAUGAUCCAGCGCGCUCUCUACGUCCUCAUCGGCGUCACGGCCGUGGUGGUCAUAUACUUUAUCAUCCGCACCAUUAGCGUGGGCAAGCGGUCGAGAAGGAACAAGCGAUACGGGGUGCUGAGCACAUCAGCUGAGCACAUCGAACUCGCCGCCCUGGAGCAGGAGGACGAUGACGACGAUGAGGACACCACCCUCUUCGAAGCUCGCCAGGGCCGGAGAUGAGGACACCACGCGAUGUUGGAUGUAGGAGUUCACCGACUGCACUGGGGGGAAAAAAAAAAUGAAAGGCCAAGCAAAGAGCGACAGUGCUUUUGCCGUUCACCAGAAAAGUUUUGUACAUAAAUUUCACACUCGCGUGUUGGUAGAAUUAAUGAGUGUUGUUCGGGAGCCUGAAAUCUUAUUAUCUUCCGAGAAGCAUCAACACUUUGGGAGGGAUAAUGAAAAGGUUUGGAUUCGGUGUGCGAUCCACUUUCAGUGGGUCUCUUGGUAGGAAUUUAUUUUUGUUAUAAAGAAGUAAAUGUGAAUGAUAUAACUUCAAGUCGAAUUAACUUUCAAGGAAAAUAGAUAUGUGCGUGUGUUCAUCCUAUUUUGUAUCGUGUCUAAUGAUGCUGUCAAAGUCAAUCUGUGCAACAAGUGGCUGAGUGGCCCGGGGAGUAUAGCUAUACUUAGGUCAGGGCACUAAGCCAUCAAUGCCAAAAGUAUGGGUUGGAUCCCAGUCACCAAUGACUGACUAAAAUAAACACAGAAUUAGUGUUUUUUUGAAUUAGUUAAGGAAUACUGUUGAUAUUGUUUGAGUUUUUUAAUACUUUGGUGAGGGCUUUGUUUGUUUUCAGGUUAACAGUCUUGAGUCGUUUCACGAGUUCAUGUUUUCUGAGCUGACCGGUAACUAUUAACAUGGUGUCAUCUCAUAAAACACGAUAUCACUUACUACCAAACAGGGAUUUUGGUUAAGAGCUGCCACAAACAGUCGAUUGCCCUCCCAUUUCAGCAAUUAACUCUGUUUUCACCAACAACCCAAAUGUCCUUGGUGCUCACCCCUCCGAGCAAUACUCGAGGAGAAUAACCGUGCUUAGCCUCAGAUGUAAUAUAUUUUAGUGCCGGCUACCAUAUUGUGAUCCUGAUGUGUCUUCGUGUUGUACUUCGUGUCGUGCUGCGUGUUGUUCGGCACGAUGACUGACAUGGAGAGCUGCAAUCAUCCGGGUGUGAAAUAUGUUUGAUUCAAAGGGGCUCUGCAUGAUUAAGAAUUAAGUGAAAAGGCUGCAUGCCUCUCACAUCGAGCUUUUAUUUUUUCUAAGGAGUACACAUUGUCCUGUUUCACUUUAUUUAGUAAGUGACAAAUGUCAACGUUCUCUUUACGCUUUGUCAUGUAUUUGUUUUUAUUGUUACAUGUAUAAUGACCAAUAUGACAUUCAUGUAUGUCAUCAAAAACAUUGCCAUGUGGACUCAGCGCAGUGCAAGUUUACGAUUUUCGGGCUUUCCUUAUCCAAAUUUGGUGAACAAAACUUUGGUUGUGAAAAGCGUAUAAAGUUUUCUUGUUUUUUUCACUGCCGUUUUCAAUUCUGUCCUUUCUCUUCCAAAAAGACUAAUGUCUUGUCUAAAGGGUGUUCUCAUCCACCAGUUAAAUGAAGACAAAAUUGGGCAACCAGUGUAUGUAUCCACCCAUUCACUUUAUACCUUUAUUUCCAAAGUUAAACUUCAUAAUUACUUUUAAAAAGUCACCGCGUUUGCCAGGCAUGGUGCGGCAUCCCUGCGAUCCAGUGCUUCUAUGUGUGGUUGCUGGAUCACGUGAACGUCACUGUGUGACUGAUCUUGCAGGGCUAUGACGUAGCUACUAGAUGGCAAUAAAGCAAGUGGGUUUGGUGACCUGUCCUUAUGACCUACUGAUUGUCAUCCCUUAGUAUGCAUGGGAUUGUUUUCAGAUAUGCCAAUUUUCUCCCACUUGCAAAAAUAAGCAUCAAAGAGUAUUUGGCAAAACAUCCCAAUGUAAGAUUAUUCCUGAAAAAAAAACCGGAUCCAUUGAUUAUUUUAAUUAAUAGUUCAGGUGGUGAAUUGUACAGAAAGAUACAAUAAAACCGCAUAUACGAACCAUACAGCUAUUUGUGACAAUGUUGAUUAUGGAAGAAUAAUAAACUCGUAGGUCUGAGGGUAUGAACACUUCAGCAUUCGUGUUCCCUUAGUAACAUUGCGGGGGAGUCAAGUUCAAAGUGCAUGCCACUUAGCCACUUUGUUGGCAUUUGAAACGUUCUGUUCUCGUGGCCACCUCGUUACAUCUUCGACCGAUUACCAAAGGGCACCAACUGCUUACCAUUGUCCGUGAGAGACACUGCAGCGUUGUCAGAGAGCAAUGUUUUAGCAUUAACAUUCUAUUUCUAGGAGGGAAUUUAUUAUUUUUGUGCGACUGACGUCUCUGAAUUCUACCGUGCAAAAUAAUGAACCUGGGCCUUCACAUGAUGAAUGGACAUUUAGUCAUGUCAGAGUGUGUCCAUAUAUAUUUGGGUAAUGCUCAUCUUUCUGUAAAAUUGAUAAAUUGCGCAAAUUCUUUUUCCCCAUGGUGGGGCCCAGUCUGUCCAUUUACAUACCACUGUUGACCUCCAUUGUGUACUGCUGCUUCCAAUUUCCCCCAGGGGUUUGACUUUUGCAAUCUUUCUAUUGUGCAUCAAGCACAGUGCUACGUGGCCUGCUUUGACUCUCGUGUGCGUAUGCACAUUCUCAGGGCUUAGCUCGUCCUAAAUUUAUUCCCGUGUCGCUGUAAUAUGUUUUUUUGCACUUUAAGCCUCGUUUAUUAUUGCCCAUGUCUGUAUGCUUCAGGUGAACUGGGAGUGACCGUUUUGCAGUGACAAUUCUGUAAUUUGCCAGAUGUUGCCAUGCCUGUCGUACACUGCUUUGGAGGUGGGGGUUGCUGGAUCAUGCAGAGAUCAUUGUGUGCACGAGACAUGCAACGCAGUGUUAUCCUCUUGCAUGCCUGGGCUUUGUCCAGAUACUCCGGUUUGCUACCACAUGCAAAAUGUGUAGAAAAGGAUUAUCAGUUUGUUUUACGUCAUGGUUUUCUGUAAUAAUGCUUUGGAUGAGCAAGAUUGUUUAAAAAACACAUGACCCUUCAAACCUCUCUCUUAAAGGAAAAGCAUCUCCCUGGGGUGAUGCUCUCUGGUGGACACUCUCAGACAGUGGUAGAAAUUCCACAUUUCCAUGCAGGUGGCCGGUAUCUCAAAAGGACGACCACAUUCGAUUGUGAUAACGAGGUGGUACGAUUGACUCGAAGGAACGACUGGCACAUUUUACCCUGACCACGUUGUUGAACUCUUGUCCAGAUCGUCGAGUCGAACACUCUAACCACUUGCAUUUGGUUAUAGUUUCUCUUUAGAAGUAAUACGUGUUGGUGAGUAAGAAAGAACACGUGGCUUUAGUUGGGAGUCAAUUCAAAGUUUCCCACCCUGCUCAAAUGUGCAAUGGCGUGGAGAGCAUCUGCGUAAGUUGCUCUGAACCAGUUGUGGUAAUUCCUCAUUCCUGUGGCGGGUGCCAGGCAAUCCCAUAGGACUAUAAAUGCCAUAUUAGCUGUGAGUACGGGUCCAGUCUUAAUGUGAAGUUGAUUUCGAAUUAAUUAAUUGGACAUCCUCUUUGUGCCUGCGUGGUUAAGCGUGCAGGUGUGGCACGUGGAUGAAUUAACAGCGACACUCAUCCGUUGUACGUCGCAUAGUCUAUACUCUUUGGUUUAUUCGGUGAAGUCACCGUCUUCACCUGAAGACGGUUGCUUGUGUGGCGAUCGAAACGUCGUGAUCUAUUAUUUUUCUACCGACGUGACUUUACCGAAAGAACCAAAGAGUAUGGGAUUCCUGCAGUCACGAAAGCUUCAAAUCAAAAGUCGCAUAGCCUGUCCACUUUUUUACCACUGGACACAGCCACGUGUUGCUGUAUCCAGGAAUGUAUGCUGAUGGCUUGAUGUACAAUGUAACUUGCAGGUUGCUUUGCCCAGGUGUCUUGAUUUACGUUUUGAGUAAGUUGUGAUGUAAUGCUUUUGUCAUAUUUUUUUUUAUUUUGAAACUGGGUAGGGUUAAUGAUCACUGUACAUACCUGUCUGUACAAAUACACGUUUUGGCUUUGGGUGCACUGCGAUGUCUGUUUUCAUUGUGAAACAAAUUAAAGUACUUUUAACAU